CUGGCCGGGCACAGUGGCUCACGCCUGUAAUCCCAGCACUUUGGGAGGCCGAGGCGGGUGGAUUACCUGAGGUCAGGAGUUCAAGACCAGCCUGGCCAACAUAACAUGGUGAAACCCCCGCCUCUACUAGAAAUACAAGAAUUAGCCGGGUGUGGUGAUACACCCCUGUAAUCCCAGCUACUCGGGAGGCUGAGGCAGGAGAAGUGCUUGAGCCCGGGAAGCAGAGGUUGCAGUGAGCCGAGAUAGUGCCACUGCACUCCAGCCUGGCCGACAGAGCGAGACUCUGUCUCAAAAAAAAAAAAAAAGCAGAGGGGUCUUCCUUAUCAUGCUGGCCUGUUUGGUCAGAUGAACAUCUUCAUUUGCCUUGGUGAUGUGGCACUUUUGCAUGAAUAACUCCAUUUUGGUGUGGUCUGUUGGAGCCUAGUGCUGGAGCUGAGUCCGAACCAAUGGCCUCCUAGUAUUUUAUUUAAUAACACUUAAUUUCUUCCUUUUUUUUUGAGACGGAAUCUUGCUCUGUUGCUCAGGCUGGAGUGCAGUGGCGCCAUCUUGGCUCACUGCAACCUCCACCUCCUAGGUUCAAGCGAUUCUCCCGCCUCAGCCUCCCGGGUAGCUGGGACUACAGGCGUGUGCCACCACGCCCGGCUAAUUUUUGUAUUUUUAGUAGAGACGGAGUUUCACCAUGUCGGCCAGGCUGUUCUCAAACUCCUGGCCUCAGAUGAUCCGCCCGCCUCGGCCUCCGAAAGUGCUGGGAUUAUAGGCAUGAGCCACCGCGCCCGGCCGAUAACACACUUUCAUUUUGAAGACAGGCGGCUUGAAGUAGCAAAAAUUGAGACCGAAAAUGGCGACGUUACACAUUCUCCAACUCCCCACUAAUUUACAUACCGAUCAAUUUCAGAGGCAAUCUCGUGUAACCCUAAAGGAGGAAGAGGUCAGACCUCUGGAGAGCCUGGAGCAGCUCCAGUUCAAGUUCAGAGAUCCAGGGAGCCCAGAAUGCACAGCGCCGCGGGGGUGCCUCCCGCCAGCAGGCGGCGCUGUGGGAUCCCUGCCGGAGCUGUGUCCAGGCACAGGAAAGGCAGAGCGUUCUCAGCAUGCCCUGCCUGUUCCCUGGGCAACGGCCGCCGCCGAGCGAGAUCCCGGGGUCGCGCAGGGUGCGGCUGGGACUGAAGGGCGCAGGCCCCGCGUACGGAGGCCGCCCCUGCUUUUCCUCCGCAAGACCAGAGCUCAGACUACGGCAGGACUAGUCCCUGGGGUUCCCUCUCGGGUCUCAGACCCUCUGUGGGCGGUCGCGGGAGGGCUCGGGCUCGCAGGAUCUGCAGGUGUUGGGGCUGGGGCAGUGGGGAGUGGUCCGUGGGCCCAAGAGGACGAAGCGGAGUCGGGCGGUUCCGACCGGAAGGAGGCGCCUCCCUGGGGCUGCCCUGACUUAGUAAAACCUGCGGGGAAGCCCUGGCCGGGGAGCCUUCCCCCGGCUCGCUCCCUGGGGCCUGGACAAAAGGCCGUGAAGGAAACGCAGCCCUGGGCUCUGCGCUCUUUGGAACAGAGACUGCGAUUUUUCAUCCUCGUUUCCCACCUAGUGUGGGGCCCCCGUGGGUGCUGUACAAACGCUGUGGAAUCAAAGAAUUAAUCAGUGGAGGAGUCCUGCACGCACCCCUUGAUUUUACUCAGUCCAGAGUUUUCGGAGACUGCCUGCUUUCCUAAGCGCAGCUUGUGGGCGGAGACUCUGCUGGACGAGGUGCAGAUUGGGAGGAAGACCAGGAAAUUACGGAGUCUUGCUCUGUUGCCUAGGCUGGAGUGCAAUGGCCUUCCAAACUGCUGGGACUACAGGCAUGAGCCACAGCACCCGGCCAGAAUUAUUCUUUAAUCUUGUUAUCAACCAGACAUGAAUAAUAACUAGAUACUUCCCUUAACUUCCAUGGAAACAAGAUGAUGUGAGGACAAAUGAGCAUGGCUGCCUUUUAGGUGGUCUUCAGAGGUAAGGCCACGCUAGAAAUUGCACAGAAAAAAGGUAUGAGUCAUUUCAAAGACUAACCUAGGAUCUGACAUAAAGGACCCGGAUUGCCAAGGGCCUCAAUCUCUACCUCCUAAAGCACACAGACGUGAGGGCUCUGCCUGUCUCUUUAAGAGCUUCUUGGUAGGGGACCCUGCACCUGCCCUGACUACUGGGUGAAUAGCCAGCUAAUGCAACACCAGCGGACCCCCUUCAAAGACUCACACUGGUAGGUGCCCCAAGUACCAGCAGAAGCCCAGUGGGCCCUCGGCUCUCCAGGGCUGUGAGGCUGUGCUGUGGGGAGCUUUUCCAGUGCAGUGAGUGUGCCCAGAACCUGCACCUAUGGGUGAAGCUUGUUGGCUGCUAGCUCAGGCCUACUGGUGAGUGUGGUAGAGCUUCCCAUAGAAGAGGAGCCUAAAUCCCCACGGCUUGCACAUGCAAGACAGAAGCCUUUAAAUCCCGUGCGUAUGACAGAAGCUUCCAUCAGAAAAGCACCAGCAGGGACACUGGGGAGAGAGGCCAGUCCCUUGUUCUGAGUGUGGCAGGGGCUUCACCAGGAACUCGAAGCUCACGACCCGUAUCAGUCUGCACACCGAGAAGAAGCUAUUUGUGUGCCCUGAGUGUAAGAAGAAUUUCCACCUACUCAGCCAUCAGCACCUGCACAAAGGGGAGAGACCACACCUGUGCCAAGAGUGCAGCCAGCACUUCGCUUGUAGGGUGACAUGAGGGCCCACCAGCACCUAUGCAGCGGAGAGGGUGCAUUCUCCUGCAAUGAGUGUGAGAAAACCUUCCCCUGAAGUCCAAGGUCAUCACUCGCGUCCCACUGCACACAGGUAAGCUGCCUUUCCAGUGCCCAGAGUUUCCACUUCAUGGCCGACAGGAAGUCCACCAGCAUGUCCACAGUCAGAAGAGGCCUCUUCCUGCAGGAGAGGGUGGCAAGAGCUCCACUCACCAGAGCUCCCCAAGCUGCUCAGAGUGCAUGGUGGGGAGAAGCCCUUCCAGUGCCCAGACACUGAAAAAAAGGAGUACCUGCUUGCCUCCCAGGGCCUACACACAGGGCAGAGACCCUUCCAGUGCCCAAAUGUGGCCAGACAUCCCUCCUGAAGAAGCACAUGAAGACGCACUGUGGCUGGUACAGUGGGCAGUGGCAUUCUCCUGAAGUGAAUGUGGCAAAGGCUUUUCUCAUCAGGACAAACUCGGAGUGCACUGAAGUCCCCACCAGGGAGAAGUCCUUUCAGUGUCCCAGUGGUCAGAAAAGGGACCACCUGAAGACUGACAUGAAGGCCAUCAGUGCUGAAAUGGGCGAGACCUUUCUCCUGUGGCCAGUGUGACAAGAGCUUCACUCAGGAGCCCGGGUCACCAUCUCCUGCAGGGCACGUGCAGGGCAGAGGCCCGAUGACUCAGCCCAACAGAGCCUCCUCCGAUGGUGGUGGCUUGAAAGCGAGAGCGGCAGGCACACCCAGUGAGUGGACACAGCCAGGUUCCAUGAGUGCUUCUUAGCUGCAGUGUUAGGCAGAUCAUGAAAGUGAAACUGGAAGGACCAUCAUUUUACAGUCGCAUGUCGGAUGCAUUCCUCUUGCUCCAUCCAUGCUUGCUCUUCUGUUGGAGACCCGCAGGGAAGAAGGGGUUAAAAACAUGUGAUAAUGAAUGAAAGUGACAGAAACAGACGGUCAGGAUUCUCUGCUGUCUCUCCAGGUAGAACAACUAGAUGGCUGUGCGCUCCCGUCCAUGCCGUGAACAUCCAUUUUGGGAUUAACAUUCUGAAUACUAUCUUAGGUAGAGGUUUGAUAUAUUUUGUUUUGUUUUAGUUGUUGUUGUUUUUGAGAUGGAGUCUCGCUCUGUCGUCCAGGCUGGAGUGCAGUGGCGCAAUCUCAGCUCACUGCAACCUCCGACUCCUUGGUUCAAGCAGUUCUUCCACCUCAGCCUCCAGAAUAGCUGGGAUUACAGGCAUGCACCACGACGCCCAGUUAAGUUUUGUAUUUUUAGUAGAGACAGGGUUUCACCAUGUUGGCCAGGCUGGUCUCCAACUCCCGACCUCAAGUGAUCUGCCUGCCUUAGCCUCCCAAAGUGCUGGGAUUAUAGGCAUGAGCCACCACGCCUGGCCUGUUUUAAAUUUUUUUAUUUCCAUGACACAGCCUCAAAAGGUCCUGACAUGUGCCCCUGAUAUAUUUUGCUAUUCAUAUUACAAAUAAAUGUAGUAUCUCAA